CACAAUUUACCUGUAAUGAUUUGGUUUCAUGGAGGAGCGUUUGUGAUCGGACAAUCUAGUAUAUAUGAUGCCUCUACUCUUUCGGGAUUCGGAAAUGUAGUAAUAGUAACCGUUAAUUACAGACUGGGUCCGAUAGGAUUUUUAGCCACAGAUGACGACACAUCUAAAGGUAAUUAUGGGCUCUGGGAUCAGCAAAUGGCUCUUCAGUGGGUUCAUGACAACAUUAGAUCUUUUGGAGGUGAUCCAAACCUUGUUACAUUAUUUGGAGAAUCGGCUGGUGGAGCCAGCACAUUUUUGCAAGCUCUCUAUCCUAAAAAUAAAGGGCUUUUCAAGAGAAUAAUUUCUGAAAGUGGAACUGCUAUGUGCCCAUGGGCUUACAGUGAAAGAAACACUGUUGGCAGAUUUUCUAAAUUACUUGGAUUGAGAUUAAACUGUUCAAUUGCGACAAAUGCUGAACUACUAAAAUGUCUUCGAAGUAAACCUUUUGAAGACUUAAUUACAAAUGCACAAGUGGGAACAAAAGAAGAUGAGAUAUACCGUCCCGAGUGGGUCCCAGUCGUAGACGGAGAAUUCAUCAAACAACUUCCUCCAGACGUGUUUCUGUAUCCCGAAACUAUGAUAGCUGAUGGAAGAAAUGCCCUUGCUGAUCUUGACCUUUUAAUUGGGAUCAAUGACGGUGACGGUGGAUUUAUUACUAUGGUUUCACUUCUCCCAUUUGUGCAAAGUAAAGUUACGCCGACAUCUUCUGCUCUUCAAAUAGUCAACAGUUACGUGACUAAUUCCAUGCUUACAGAUCGUUUUGGUCUUACCACUGCUUCUCUCGUUGAUGCCAUGUCGUUUCUCUAUACAAAUUGGUCAGAGCCUAUGACGAAUGAUACCUAUCUCCAUAAGAUACUGAGCAUGUCCUCUGACUACCAAUUUUUUAUGCCAGCCAAAUUAUCCGCUCGUGCGCAUGCUAAAGUACAGCAUCCGGAACGGCACACAUAUAUGUACCUUUUUACACAUCGCUCGUCAUUUGCUCGCUCGAUUCCUUGGGUUCCUGGAGCAGGCCACGGUGAUGAACUACCUUACGUGUUUGGUUUCCCUUCCACUAUGCAAAAAGGACUUAAUUUUCAAAACAGUCUUCCGUCAGACGAGGUUUCACUUUCGGAGGAAGUCAUGACAUAUUGGACUAAUUUUGUCAAGACAGGUGAUCCUAACAAACCAGUUCCCGUUCGAAAAACAUGGCCAGAAUUUGAUGUCCAUUCUGAACACUAUUUGGAUAUCAAUACUAGGUUAUCAGUAAAAUCUAGAAUGGACGCGGCUCGCACAGCAUUUUGGACAGAACUGGCACCGAAAAUGCUCCAGAAUGUACACGAUUUUCACCGGCCUGACUCAGCUACUGCCCACAAUACAAAUGUGCCCGUUUUCAACCAUAUCCUAGGUUAAGCAUAAGACAUCCCCCUCUUUACCAUAUCCUGCUAUGCGGGAAAAUAAUGUAGAAGUAUGCAGAUCGAUGUCUUCAGUAUAAUAGUUAUUACAAAAUUUACCUCCAAAUAUGAAUAUAAUAAGUAUUUGUUUUGAUGAGAUUUAUUAGAUGUAUAGCGUACAUGUAUUCCAAACACAUUUAUGUGAAGGGAAAAUUACAUUCACAACAUUAUGCAAUAUAGUUUUACUGAGGGUCGCGUCGCUGGUAAAACUUAGUUUGCUACAUUUAAAUCCUGCAACAGUGACGGUCGCAACUAACCAACGAGAAGAUCAUUAUUCCCAUUCUAAGAUAUUUCCGAAUUUUAAUUUAUGGUUACCCCUUUUUUCAUUGAGUUUUGUUUUAUGUUUGGCGCCAUUUUGUAUGUUAAUAUUCUAUUAUGAAGUCACAAAUGAAAGAUUUGCGUCUCAUUUAACUGUCUCAAACCCCA